CAACUCUGCUGGUCAGGUGUACUCCAUGCUCAGGGGAGGAUUCUUUAGACUCGGUUGGCAUUGGCUACAAGAGAUGUCAAUGUACUUCUUCCGGUUGCACAACCUACGCCGCCAGGCGGAGGAGGUACGGAAAAAGCGUCAAAAAGGAAGAUCGAACCAAAGUGGACAACGUGGGACCAAUUGUACCGACCAAUCGCAGCCAACAGCCGAAUCCAUGCACUGUUGCAACAGGGUCCAUCGGGGUCCGAGCAGGCUCUUUGAACGGGCCCCUUUGCAGCCCAGUGAUUCGCUUGACGAGAUUGCCUUUCAGAUACCCAGAGUUCGUGUCGAGUAUUACGUGAACGAAAACACGUUCAAGGAACGACUUCAGCUGUACUUCAUCAAGAAUCAACGUUCGAGUCUGAGGAUACGAUUGGCUAACCUAUUUUUCAAGCUACUAACAUGCUUCUUAUACAUAUUCAGGGUCAUCACCGACACGGAUCCAACUUAUGCAGCAUGUUAUGGCUGCACGCCCGGCAACAAAACCGAGUUCCUGGUAUCCCAGAACCUCACCGAGGAAGAAUUUCAGGAGCACCCGACCAUCAACUGGGAUGCGAUUUUAUGGGUGAGGAGACCCUUAGAAUUGUGGGUGGUCCAGGUGAUCCUGGCAAUGGUAUCACUAACGGAAGCUCUGCUACUCGCCUAUUUAGGUUACAAGGGAAACGUCUGGCAGCAGCUUCUCUCUUUCCACUUCAUCCUCGAGCUGGUCAACACUAUACCCUUCACGAUCACGUUACUUUAUCCACCAAUGCGAAAUCUGUUCAUUCCGGUGUUCCUAAAUUGCUGGUUGGCAAAGCAUUCCUUGGAGAAUAUGUUCAAUGACCUGCACAGAGCUAUGCAGAAAUCUCAAUCAGCUUUAAGUCAACAGUUGAUGAUCCUCAGCGCUACGUUACUGUGCCUUGUCUUUACUAGCGUAUGCGGGAUCCAGCACUUCCAAAGAGCAGGGCACAGGCAUCUGAAUCUGUUCCAAAGCACAUACUACGUUGUGGUCACAUUUUCUACGGUUGGCUAUGGGGACUUUGUACCUGACAUUUGGCCCUCUCAACUCUACAUGGUUAUAAUGAUCUGCGUUGCUCUUAUUGUUCUACCCACCCAGUUCGAACAACUAGCAUUCACGUGGAUGGAAAGACAAAAGCUUGGUGGAUCGUAUUCAUCACACAGAGCGCAGAGUGAGAAACACGUGGUGGUCUGCAGCACAACGCUACAAGCCGACACCAUCAUGGAUUUUCUAAACGAAUUUUAUGCUCAUCCAUUACUGCAGGACUACUACGUGGUGCUGCUGUCGCCCAUGGAAUUGGAUACCACCAUGAGAAUGAUUCUGCAAGUACCCAUUUGGGCACAGAGGGUAAUUUAUAUUCAGGGAUCGUGUUUGAAAGACAGCGAUCUCACCAGGGCCAGAAUGAACGAGGCUGAAGCCUGCUUUAUCCUUGCUGCCAGGAAUUAUGCCGACAAAACAGCUGCUGAUGAACACACGAUACUCAGGUCGUGGGCGGUAAAGGAUUUUGCACCAAAUGUUCCUCAGUACGUUCAAAUUUUCCGUCCGGAGAACAAACUUCACGUGAAGUUCGCGGAACACGUGGUUUGCGAAGAUGAGUUCAAAUAUGCCCUGUUGGCGAACAAUUGUACGUGUCCUGGUGCCUCGACUUUGGUUACGCUUCUGUUGCACACUUCCAGAGGACAAGAAGGCCAACAGUCGCAGGAAGAAUGGCACAGGCUUUAUGGGAAAUGCUCAGGCAACGAGAUUUAUCACAUCAUUCUCGGAGAUUCACGAUUUUUCGGCGAGUACGAGGGUAAAUCCUUCACCUACGCGUCAUUCCAUAGUCAUCGUAAAUAUGGGGUGGCGUUGGUUGCGGUAAAACCUGCGGAACUUCCGGAAUUUUAUGAAGAUAGUAUCCUUCUUAAUCCUGGUCCCCGUCACAUAAUGAAGAAAACGGACAUCUGUUACUACAUGAGCAUCACGAAAGAAGAAAACUCCGCGUUCGUCGUGGCGAACAACCAAACGGGAGCAGCAGAGGGUACCCAGGUGGUGAUCGAAACGAAAAGCGACGGAAUGGGCAACGCGAACAGCGGUUCCACGAGUAACACGACCACCAACAACACGACGACGACCAUGAACUCCGGAUCUGGGGCUGGGACCACGACGACGACCACCACGAUCUCGACCAGCUGCACGAUCGCCGGUGGUGAUGGGAACGCUUGCUGCAGGCAGGAGACGACCUGCACGGGGCCCCGUGGACAGAGCGUACACGGUACACCGGCACACAGGGCCCCACAGGUUAUAUUGCAGGUCCUCCCUAGCACGCCCACACCACUCGAACACCACAACAUACUCGCAUCCGAUGUCCACCCCACGUAUUUAGAUCCCGGAGGAUUCGACGACUCGCGCCAGUGUCUAAAAGAUGGCGGCUCCACGCCUCAGACACCGAUCACAGGAAACCAUUUGGACGUUCCCAGGUCCAUGGAUCCGAAUCCAAAUUUGCUCAGUCCCGAAAUUCUCACGCAAAGAAGGGGAAGUAGAAGACCAAGUAUACUACCGGUGCCCGACAUGUUGACGAGUUCAGCCUUGAAUCUUCCUGGACAAGAGUCCUUGGAUCACGAAGCUGACGAGUCCGAGGAUGAAAUGGAUGACGACGUUCCAUGGAGAUCGCCCAGUGAAAAAAUAGCUUUCAAGGGGAUCGUCAAAGGAUUUCCUCCAGUUUCACCGUACAUAGGCGUCUCACCGACAUUUUGUUAUUUACUUAAAGAAAAGAAACCUCUCUGUUGCCUUCAAUUGGCACAGGUCUGCCAACACUGCAGCUACAGGAACGCUAAGGAAUACAAUUGGCAAAACAAAACUAUAAUUCUGGCUGCCGAUUAUGCUAGCAAUGGGAUCUACAAUUUUAUAAUUCCGUUAAGGGCACAUUUUAGAUCGAAAACCUCGCUGAAUCCAAUCAUUCUUUUACUGGAGCGGACGCCGGAAAUUGCGUUCCUUGACGCUGUGUCCUACUUCCCGUUGGUAUACUGGAUGCGAGGAACCAUCGACUGUUUGGAUGAUCUCCUUCGUGCUGGUAUCACUCUAGCAGAAAAUGUCGUCGUCGUAAACAAGGAACUCAGCAAUUCUGCGGAAGAGGACACUUUAGCUGACUGUAAUACAAUCGUUGCGGUACAAACUAUGUUCAAAUUUUUUCCCAGCAUAAAAAGCAUAACAGAGCUAUCGCAAUCGAGCAACAUGCGUUUCAUGCAAUUCCGAGCACACGAUAAGUAUGCUCUUCAUCUCAGCAAAAUGGAGAAGAGAGAAAAGGAAAGAGGCUCGCACAUAUCGUACAUGUUUCGGCUGCCAUUUGCUGCUGGCAGCGUAUUCAGCGCCUCCAUGCUGGACACGCUGCUUUAUCAAGCGUUCGUCAAGGAUUAUAUGAUCACUUUCGUGAGGUUGUUGCUGGGUGUGGACCAAGCACCGGGAUCUGGUUUUCUAACAUCGAUGAGGAUAACAAAAGACGAUAUGUGGAUACGAACCUACGGCAGAUUGUAUCAAAAACUUUGUUCGACCACGUGUGAAAUUCCGAUUGGGAUUUAUAGGACGCAAGACACCACCGUAUCGGACACGUCUCACGGCGACUCAGACGCGGAGAGCGACGCCGGCGUCGGCGUGACGUACAAGGUGCGUCAUUCGGCGGCAGCCUCAUGUCUUGCGAAUUGCGCCACCCGUGACAAGGGUGCCUCAGCCUACUCCGUAAGCCUGGGAGACGAGGCGCGCGACAACCACGCGCAGAAGAUCGAGAGGGCAGAGAUAGCCAGCCUGGUUCGAUCCCGUAUGGAGUCGCUGAACCUUCCAGUAGCGGACUACGACGUGGUGUCCGAGAAGCGUAACAGCCUCUCGUACGUGAUCAUCAACCCCAGCUGCGACCUGAAGCUGGAGGAGGGCGACAUCGUGUACCUGGUGCGACCGAGUCCGUUCUCUGCGCAGAAGACGUUCGAGCGGCACAACUCGAGACGGAAGAGCAACAUCAGCUUCUGUUCGGCUCAGCUGGUCUCUCAGAUGAGUGCCGCGGUAGCGUCGGCUGGUCUGCCUGGUACUGGGGCGGGAAGUCGUCGAGGGUCCGGCAUAGGUCUGCCCAGAGCUCCUCCGUUGGGCACUACGAAAUCGAACUCUCUGUCCUUGCCAGAUAGUCCGACGGUGGCCGGAACGCUGCGAGGUCGUUCGAACUCCCUGAGGGUGGUGGACGACAUCUUGUUGAGGCGCAGCAACUCUUUGAGGCAGGGGUUGACGAUGAGCAAGCGGAAGAGCAGUCUGGAGGAUAUAGGUCUGGGUGCACUGUCACAUCCCUCUAAUCACAACCCCAUCAAAAUAGCGCUUAACGGGUCCAUCGGUCUGGAAGUGACUCCCCCUGAAGAGGGCUCCCUGACGGGCGGAGCCAGCAACACGGGCAUCCUGGACGUCGGUCUGCCCUCGAUGCCCGAGCUGAGCGCAGCCCUGGGGUCCAACAUCGGACCCGGUCUGGGUGGAUCGCUGGGCGGACUCUACGACCCCCCGAGUCUUCAGGGUCCACUGGGAUCGCAGUCCCCACAGAUCCAGGGCGUCACACAGGAUCCUCAGCACAUACAAGGGACAAUCGUAUGAUAUAACCUUAUGUGGGGACGCAGGCUCUCCGGCGUGGGUCGAAACAAAUGGCUGUAGCGUUCCCACAUGACACGUCAUGAUUACUAGGUGGGAUGCCGCGAUCCUCGGCAUCCUGACUGUCGGCGAAUUGGUGGGACUGGACGGUUACGAUCAUAAGGAUGUGAGACGGCCGGAGAGCAAGGUGUUUCAGUGACACAUCGAAACGGAUACUGUGUGACUGGGCACGGACGAUGAACUGUUCAAAUCAUUUUUCUACUCCAUUCCUUUCACGGUUUCGGUUUAGCUUAGCGAAUUGAUGCUUCGCGAGAACCAUCGGGGACCUAAGGCGUCGUGAAUAAGCGACAUUGUACGCCAAACGCUGACUUUUGUUUGUACGCUUCUGCGGAGUUGGGCUGUUUUGGGAUCAUUUUUCAUUCGGAAGUUCAGUGGGUUAUAGUUAGGGGGAUACGUCAAUGACUGGGCAAAUGGAGUGCACUGGGCAGGGAUGAGUGAACGCUUAUUAUAUUGUCUGCAAGAGGAAAUCUAUGUGGCUGCAAGAGGGAAUUCUUUGAAUAAGAAUUUUUAAACAUUUGAGAAUCUGUGAAUUUCUCAAUUUGAAAAUUAAAUGUCUCAAACAUUUUCAG